AUGUUGGCCAACACCUUCGUCUCCAUCCUCGCUUUGGCUGGCCUUGCUGUAGCGGAAGGCGUUAACACACCUUCGUGCAGCGCCGAGCAGCGUCUCAAGUCUGCGCAGCAGGUCAUUGUUGCUUACGCAGCUAAUCCACUGGCGACAUACGGCGAGUUUGACAAGAUUCCCUUCGGAGUUCCUAACAAGGCUGGCGGUUGCGUCACCACCAUUGCUGCCAAUGGACUCUGCCCCGUUCCAGUUGCUACGACUGGCGCUGGUGUUGUCCAGUUCGGCACUGAGACUCGUCAGGCCUUUUCCUCGGUGACUGGCAAGUACACCGAUUUCCCCCAAAACUUGACUGCAGUUAUCAACACCAAUGUGACUCUCGGUGUCAAUAGCCUUAUCCCUCUCCCAAUCACAUUCAACGCCGACGUGUACUUGGACUUCAAUGUAAACUGCAGAAUCUACCAGGUCCGCGCUGUUGCUUGGGUUCCAUCCGAUAUUCUAGGGAUUCUCUUCCAGCGAUUGAACAUCCCUGUCCCAUCUGCAGUCUGCAGCAACCUCCCUGUCAAGAGGGAAUUUGGUCAGGCUGCGGAGAAGCGACAGGCCAUCGAGUUUACCGCGUAA